AUGGCCAUUAGGAUGGUCGACCAUAAAUCGGAUGACUUUGAGUCGUUUCCAGCACUGUUAGGCCAGGCGGAUACGAAGACACCGCCCCGCGUAAGGAAGAAGAAGAAGAGCGUUUUACAGCAAGAUUUUGACGACGUGGACGGAGAGAUGUCGAUGGAGCUGGACGACAGUGGCUUAGUGGACACUGGGAGUGCGAAUGCAUAUUUUGCGAAUGCGCGGCACCUUGUGCCGCCUUCUAGCAUCGCCCGUGCGGGCUCGUCGUCCCGUCCCGUCCCCCGCGUCUCCGAAUUCGAUUUCGACAGUAUCCCCUCCCCUCGCCCCCGCUCGUCCACCUCACACGCCAGACGAUCUUCCGUCCACAAUGGAUCAUCUGCGGGACCGUCGCAUUUAUCGCAUUCGACAACUGCAGAGUAUGAUGAUGAUGUGCUGAUGGCCGAUGAUCUGGGCGAUGACGAUGACGACGACGACGGCGAUUUCGGCGGUGGCUUUCAACCGUUUGACGAGCCGCCGCUGGCCAAUGGUCGUCGCGAGUCUCAUGUGUCCCCGGUCACCCCAAGGCGCACAAGUUUUACUCAGAUUGGCCGGGAAAGCUACGAAGACGAGGAUGAGAAUAUGGAUCUUGAGGACCUGCCGAUUGCCGCAUCAAAUCGCUCGUCAGUCAAGGGUAAAGGCCGUGCUGUCGAUGACAAUGAAGAUGAAUUGAAUCUGGUCGAGAAUGAUAUCGAGGAAGGUUUGGAUGAUAUCGAGAACCAGCAUUUCUCUGACGAGCAGGAGCCGGAACAUGAGGACGAGCCAGAACAGGGGCCAGGUCCUUCGAAGAAGAUGAAGAAAUCAAAGAACGAGCAGCCAAAGAAACCUCGGGAACGAAAGAAGAAAGAAAUCAUCCCAAUAGCGCCUUCCCCAGAGAAUACAACUGGCUUACGGCGCGGCACACGCAUGCGAUACGCGCCUCUUGAAUGGUGGCGCCAAGAGAAGGUUGUUUACGGACGGCGAGACGGUGGCAAAUCGUUCGUGCCAUCGAUCAAGGAGAUCUUACGGUAUCCCAAAGAGCCUCCAAAACCUCUCGGUAUCGCAGGCAAGAAGUACAAGCGAUCCUCUGCGCCACGAAGUAAAAGCAAGACGGUCGAUGAAGAUGCUGUUCUGGUGUACAAUCCCGAAGAGGGCUGGGAUAGCGGAACUAAGGAAUUCGGUGUUAUCAGGGAUUACAUCACCGGCCAGGAAAUCACUAGGCGGGUUGCCUAUCCGUCACAUCGUCUUUUGUACAAGACUGCGAUGAGCAAGGAAUUCUACUUCCAGAAGAUCUUCAGCGAUUCGGAAUAUGCCGCCGCUGGCCAGUUGAUGAUCCCUGCAAAAGGGCACAAACCGAGCAAAACGACGAACGACAAUACCUACAUAUUCUACGUCAUUGAGGGUGCUGUCACGUUCAAAGUACACGAGUCGUCCUAUAUUCUGUGCUCUGGAGGUUCAAUCAUGGUUCCGCGAGGAAACACCUACUUCAUCGAGAACAUCUCGGAUCGGGAGGCAAGGCUGUUCUUCGCGCAGGCGCGGCGUGUUACCGUGGAUGAUGAAGCUUUCCCGACAGUGCAGUCGCCCCCGCCUGCGUUGAGGCGUUCGAGCAGCGUCGGUGGAUCGACCUCAGCACGACGAUCGACGAGUGGGGGACCAGGAAAGAAGAAGAGGAGGGCCUCGUCGCCUCAGCCAUGAACCGGUCGCUCAAGGCACUUGGCUGACAAUCCGCCUGCCUCCUGGUAAGUCUCUUCCAUAUUUGUCUGGGUGUCUGUCAUUAUUAUGUGUAUUUCUCCAAUCCAUAUUGUUGACACUUCGGUUUAUGCUUAUUUAUAUCUGACGUGAGGUUCGGAUAAGUGGGGUAGAUUCGCACUUCACCAAGGUAGCGUAUCUUGAGGAUUCCCCCCUUCUGUAGUAUUAGUUCCAAUCAUGCUUAUAUCACUAUCUUGUAGGCUAAGGCCAAAUUCAACAGUCCGCUUUCUCUUCCACUUUCCAUCGCGCAGUAGAAGUUUUGGAAGGCCGUUGAUCGGCUUAAGAUUUCCUUCUCAAUAAAUAAUUUUUCAGUCUUGGU